AUGCCUGCCGGCAGAGAGGACACCAACGUGCGCAUGCGCAGGAAGCGCGGCGGGACAGCUGGCGGGCCCUCAUUGGGCAUCCGCGUGGGCGCGGGGGCCGCAGCGACCGUCAGCCUGCUCGGCGUUUCUGGGGGAGGCGGCAUCUACGGCAGCGCUGGCGGAGGAGGCUCGGGGCGCGGAAGGGGGGGAGGGGGGGGAACGGGAGGCGGAAUAGGGGGCCCAGCAGCGGGGGGAGUGGGGGUGAUGAAGCUUGUACAGGAGCACUAUCUUCGGGAGGACAUCAAGUGCGGGUCUGCGCUGUGCUACGCGUGCUACACGCACCUCCCCCGCCAUGACCCGCUGCUCUUUGGGGAUGUGCUCCCCUGCCAGCUGCUCCCCCGAGAGCUGCUCUGGCAGUUCCCUGAGGAAGGCCUGCUGCUUUACGCUGAGGCGGACCGGCCUUCUUUGUCCGCUAGUGCGAGACACUACGUGAUCCCCGAUGCAGCCUCGCUGGUUGAAUUCAUGGAGGUGUGGGAGCUACCACCGAUACGCCACACAAUCGUGCUGGGCUCCGUGCUCAAGGAGGUGCUUCACUACUCCAGCGCCUAUCACGCGGGACGCAUCCGUUGCUCCGUCUCAACAAGACUUCAAGAUAAGUUCGUCCUUGACCCCCUUGGUCUCACCUACACGAUGCUCCUUCCUCUCAUCACUUCACCCCAUCGCAGUGCUCUGUGUGAAGAUGGGCGGAGGGAGAGCUCCUACUUUGACGACCGGCACUUCCUCUUCACGCACACCAUGGCGGAGGAGAGGCGGGCGAGCUUGAGAGUCACACUUGGUGAUGCUGCUUCUGCUGAAGGUGGCUGGCAGCAGCACGUGGCAGCAUGCCAUUGGGCGAGGUGCUGCAGGCCGUGCAGCGUAACGAAGUGGUGGUACGUGCGGGUUUUUGGGUGGUACGUGCGGGUUCUUGGGUGGUACGUGCGGGUUCUUGGGUGGUACGUGCGGGUUCUUGGGUGGUACGUGCGGGUUCUUGGGUGGUACGUGCGGGUUCUUGGGUGGUACGUGCGGGUUCUUGGGUGGUACGUGCGGGUUCUUGGGUGGUACGUGCGGGUUCUUGGGUGGUACGUGCGGGUUCUUGGGUGGUACGUGCGGGUUCUUGGGUGGUACGUGCGGGUUCUUGGGUGGUACGUGCGGGUUCUUGGGUGGUACGUGCGGGUUCUUGGGUGGUACGUGCGGGUUCUUGGGUGGUACGUGCGGGUUCUUGGGUGGUACGUGCGGGUUCUUGGGUGGUACGUGCGGGUUCUUGGGUGGUACGUGCGGGUUCUUGGGUGGUACGUGCGGGUUCUUGGGUGGUACGUGCGGGUUCUUGGGUGGUACGUGCGGGUUCUUGGGUGGUACGUGCGGGUUCUUGGGUGGUACGUGCGGGUUCUUGGGUGGUACGUGCGGGUUCUUGGGUGGUACGUGCAUGCUGUGAUGACAAACGAGGCAUUCUUCCAGACCUACUACGGCCACUGCACCACUGUCACCACGCUCAUGGACUCUCUCGUGAGCACCCUGCUCAACCUUCUAUUGUACCUGCGUGAGCAUCAACCAACUGUUGACCAGGACCCCCUCCACCAGCAUGCCUUUGCUCCUGUCUUCCUUCCCCCCCACCAGGCCACCCAGCAUGCCUUGCGCCUCUCGUCAUCCUUCAAAUCCACGUCUGGCAGCGGCAGGCUCAGUGGCAGCAGGUUCGGAAGCGGCAGGCUCGGCAGUGGGAAGCAGCGCAAGGAGGUGUUCACACCGCACCUGUCAAGCUCAGCAGUGGCGGAGGGAGUGGCAGUUGGAGCUAUCCGAGUGGGAGUGCUGCACAUCACAACCACCGAGCCUUUCAAAGCCACCGUCAGACCCAAUCGCAAGCAGUUACAUUCGCCACACAGCGACAUCACCAUCCUCUCAUGGCGGCAGCUCAACCGCGCUCUGCCAGGCGACACCGUGGCUGUCAGGCUGCUGGGCAAGCGCAGGGUGGGGGACAGACAGGUGGGGGGUGGGCACAUGGGGGGAGGGCACAUGGGGGGCGGGAAAAUGGGGAAAGGGCACAUGGGGGCCGGGCAGAUGGGGGGAGGCGGCGUGGAGACGAGGGAUGGGAGAAGGGGUUGGGGAGAGAGUGAGAAAGAGGGGGAGGGGAUGAGGGGGGGAGAGGAGGGUGUGGUGGGCGUGAGGAGGUAUGAGGGUGGGCGGAGUGAGAGAACGGGAGAUGGAGGUGCGGUUGUUGAGGGUGGCAGUGCCGGUGGGGAGGAUGGGGAUGAGGGUGCCGGCGGUGGUUGGGUUGGUGGUGGUGGUGGUGGUGGUGGUGGUGGUGGUGGUGGUGGUGGUGGUGGUGGUGGUGGUGGUGGUGGUGGUGGUGGUGGUGGUGGUGGUGGUGGUGGUGGUGGUGGUGGUGGUGGUGGUGGUGGUGGUGGUGGCGCCAUUGCUGCUGCCACAUCUGACGCUCACCUCCCCCCGACCCCUUCAGCCUGGGAUGAGGCACCCCCUCCCCCAGCCUCUUCAGGGUGGGGGGAAGCCCCGCCCCCGCCUCCCCCUACUGGCUGGGGGGAAGCUUCGCCUACUCCACCUCCACCCACAGGCUGGGAAGAAGCCCCCCCUCCCCCACCCCCUACUGGCUGGGGGGAGUCCCCUGCCGCCCCUCCCCCUCCCCCUACUGGCUGGGGGGAGGCUUCCGCUGCUUCCCCUACCCCUGGGUGGGGGGGUGGAGGGUGGAACGGGGGAGGGGUGAGGGAUGGAGGAGGGGACGAUCGCAGGGGACAGGCGGGGUGGCAGGCGAAGGAGCAGGGGCAUGGAGGCUGGGGAGGGCUUGGCGAUGGGCAGGGGCAGGGGGGUGGGGAUGGAGAUGUGUACGGACAGGGGCAGGGGGGCGGGGAUGGGUAUGGAGAUGGGUAUGGGCAGGGGCAGGGGGGUGGAGAUGGGUAUGGGCCGGAUUACAGUGGGUGGCAGGCGGGUUGGGAUGGGAAUGCGCAGGGGCAGGGGGAUGGAGGGGAGGAGCAGAGUGGGAGCAAGGUGGGGCAGGAGAGGUGGCACCGGAAACGACCUGCAGCCUCGCACUGGAAUCAGCACAGUGGGCGUGGGGGUGGGCAUGGGGAGGACUGGGGAAACGGGGAGUAUGAGGAGGGUGGGGAGGAGGAGGGGUAUGAGAUGGUGGGGGAGGUGGUGAGUGUGCUGCACCGAGUGAGCCGUGACUUUGUGGUUUGCCUUAAAGACCACGUGGAUGAGGUGGAGGGGGGUGCUGUGGGGGCGAGAGGUGGGGCGUGGCUGUGGGGGGAGGAGGAAGAGGAGGAAGAAGAGGAGGAAGAGGAGGAGGAAGAGGAGGAGGAAGAGGAGAGUGAAGAGGAAGAGAGUGACGAAGAGGAGGGAGAGGAUGAACAGGAGGAAGAGGAAGGAGAGGAGGGAGGGGAAGAGGAGGCAGAGGAGCAGCACAGGCAUAGUGUGCUGUCAGCUGCACAUGAGCCGGCAGAAGGAGCAGCAGUGCAUGCUGUGAGAAGCUCCAGCACAACCGCAUGCAGCGAGCCGGACACCACGCCGUACAGCAGUGUGCGGGGUGGCAGCAGCAUGAGGAGCGAGAGCAUGGGCGUGGGGAGCAGGGAGAGCAGCAUGCGGAUGCACAGCAGCAUGGCGGCGAGCAGCACAAGAGCCAGCUCUCGCAGCAAGCUCUCCCGUGCCUCCUCCUCCAAAGCAAGGAUGGGCUUCCUCUGUGUGCCCAUGGAUGCUCGCCUGCCGCUGAUGUUCCUGCGCACCACUCAGGCGGACCGCCUUCGUGCCACCCGCUUUGUCGUGCGCCUGGCAGCGUGGGACCGCUACUCACGCCACCCAGACGUGUACCUGGUGAGGACGCUUGGGCCAAUGGGAGCCCUCCACGUGGAGCAGGCAGUGCUGCUGGACGACAUGGGGCUUGCCUUCCCGCCCUUCGGUGACGGCGCUCUGCAGGAGAUCCCUCAACCAGCGGCAGGGGCGGCAGCAGAGGGCGGGGAGGGGGAGUGGCAGGUGCCUGAGGAGGAGAUAGCCAGGCGCAGGGACUUGCGGGAUGGAGCGCACUUUAUGUGCAGCAUCGACCCCCCUGGUAGCAGGGAUGUGGAUGAUGUGCUCUCCACUGCUCACCUUCCCAACGGCCUCAUUCAGGUGGGAGUGCACAUAGCAGACGUCGCGUUCUUCGUGCGCCCGGGUAGUCUAUUGGAUGCAGAGGCGAGGGCGAGGGGCACAUCCGUGUACCUGGCCAACCAGCGCAGCAACAUGCUACCAGAGGCGCUCAGCGAGGGUCUCUGCUCAUUGCUGGGCGGCCGCACGCGGCUGGCAGUGAGUGUCAUCUGGACGCUCGACCCCUCCUUUCCCUUGCCCUCCACUCCCCUUCCCACGUCUCCCCUCCCCUUGUCAUCCACCAGCGAGGGUCUCUGCUCAUUGCUGGGCGGCCGCACGCGGCUGGCAGUGAGUGUCAUCUGGACGCUCGACCCCUCCUUUCCCUUGCCCUCCACUCCCCUUCCCACGUCUCCCCUCCCCUUGUCAUCCACCAGCGAGGGUCUCUGCUCAUUGCUGGGCGGCCGCACGCGGCUGGCAGUGAGUGUCAUCUGGACGCUCGACCCCUCCUUUCCCUUGCCCUCCACUCCCCUUCCCACGUCUCCCCUCCCCUUGUCAUCCACCAGCGAGGGUCUCUGCUCAUUGCUGGGCGGCCGCACGCGGCUGGCAGUGAGUGUCAUCUGGACGCUCGACCCCUCCUUUCCCUUGCCCUCCACUCCCCUUCCCACGUCUCCCCUCCCCUUGUCAUCCACCAGCGAGGGUCUCUGCUCAUUGCUGGGCGGCCGCACGCGGCUGGCAGUGAGUGUCAUCUGGACGCUCGACCCCUCCUUUCCCUUGCCCUCCACUCCCCUUCCCACGUCUCCCCUCCCCUUGUCAUCCACCAGCGAGGGUCUCUGCUCAUUGCUGGGCGGCCGCACGCGGCUGGCAGUGAGUGUCAUCUGGACGCUCGACCCCUCCUUUCCCUUGCCCUCCACUCCCCUUCCCACGUCUCCCCUCCCCUUGUCAUCCACCAGCGAGGGUCUCUGCUCAUUGCUGGGCGGCCGCACGCGGCUGGCAGUGAGUGUCAUCUGGACGCUCGACCCCUCCUUUCCCUUGCCCUCCACUCCCCUUCCCACGUCUCCCCUCCCCCUGUCAUCCACCAGCGAGGGUCUCUGCUCAUUGCUGGGCGGCCGCACGCGGCUGGCAGUGAGUGUCAUCUGGACGCUCGACCCCUCCUUUCCCUUGCCCUCCACUCCCCUUCCCACGUCUCCCCUCCCCUUGUCAUCCACCAGCGAGGGUCUCUGCUCAUUGCUGGGCGGCCGCACGCGGCUGGCAGUGAGUGUCAUCUGGACGCUCGACCCCUCCUUUCCCUUGCCCUCCACUCCCCUUCCCACGUCUCCCCUCCCCUUGUCAUCCACCAGCGAGGGUCUCUGCUCAUUGCUGGGCGGCCGCACGCGGCUGGCAGUGAGUGUCAUCUGGACGCUCGACCCCUCCUUUCCCUUGCCCUCCACUCCCCUUCCCACGUCUCCCCUCCCCCUGUCAUCCACCAGCGAGGGUCUCUGCUCAUUGCUGGGCGGCCGCACGCGGCUGGCAGUGAGCGUCAUCUGGACGCUCAACCCCUCCCACCACUUCGCACUCGUGGGGCCGCCUUGGUUCGGCCGAACCGUCAUCCGAUCCAACCACCAGCUCUCAUACGCACAAGCACAGGCCAUAGCAGACGGAGUGCACCCGUUGCCAGCGGAGCACCAACUGGCAGGCGGGCAGAGGGAGGUGGCGCGAGCCAAGACGUGCAUCGCCACUCUUACUGCUUUUGCUCGGCCUGAGUUGCAGGAGGAAGAAGUGAUGGAGCUCAGAGGAAGGAUGCUUACAGAGAAUGGGAGGAGGUGUGAGGCAGAGCGGGCUGCAGAAGCGGUGAAAAUAGAGCUUCGGGAAGCGGGUGCCGCAACUGCGGCCCUGGCUCGGGAGAAGCCCGCGUUGGAAGAGCAGCUUCGGGAGAUGCAGAGUCGGGAGGAGCUGGUUGAAGAGGAGAGGAGGGAGCUGGAAGAGGGUCUGAGCUGCUCUUCCAACGCAGCCUUCUCCCAAGCCAGGGCCCCAGCUGCGGCACCUGCUUUCCGAAGCUCUAUUUUCACUGCUUCCGCCACUCGCCCUGCCUCACACCUCCUCCCCUACUCUGAGCUGCGGCGGCAGAGGCAGAGGGCGGGGGCGCUGGAGCUGGCGAGAGCUGCGGCGGCAGAGGCAGAGGGCGGGGGCGCUGGAGCUGGCGAGUGCGGCGCUGAGCUCUGUUCCCUCCCUUCUUACAUGACCCCCUGCCCCCGCUACUCAUCGAAUCAAUCCCAGGAGCUGCGGCGGCAGAGGCAGAGGGCGGGGGCGCUGGAGCUGGCGAGUGCGGAGCUGCGGUUCGAAUUUGAUGAGAGCAGAGGGACGCCCACACGAGUGUUUUGCAAACAGGAGAUCCCGAUGAAUGCGGUGGUGGCGGAGCUCAUGGUGCUGGCCAAUGCUGCCGUCGCCUGCAAGCUCACCCGGGCCUUCCCAUCGACCGCCUUUCUGCGGCGCCACGCUCCUCCUCGCCCAAACGGCUUCCGCCAUCUCAUGCAUUGCUGCACGGUGCGAGGCAUUGCACUCGAAACGUCAACAAACAAGGUGCUAGCAGCGUCGCUGGCAGCAGUGAAGCACCUGGGAGACUCCGUCCUGGAUUACGGGCUCAAGGCUCUCAGCACGCGUGCACUCUCAGAGGCGGAGUACCUACCAGCAUCAUCGGCAGCAGCGGACGGCAUCGGGGCAUAUCACUACGGCCUCGCAGUGGACCUCUACUCCCACUUCACCUCGCCCAUUCGCCGCUAUGCUGAUCUGCUCGUGCACCGGCAGCUGCUGGCAGCACUGCAGCAAGAGAAGCGGGAUCGUGGGGAGGCGGGCGGGAAGCAGGGAGGGAGAGGUACUGUCCAGGGGGCGGAUGGGAAGGGGGCGACUGUUGAAGAGGGAAACGGGGAUGGAGGGAGGGGACAGGGCGGAGCAGGGGAAGGGGGGGCAGAAAAAGGAGGGCGGUCGGGUGGGGGAGGAGGUGGGAGGAGGAAGGCGUGGGGUGCUGCAGCCAGAGUGUGGGGAGGGAAGGGAGUGAGGGAGGAGGAGGGAGUGGGGGCGGGGGUGGGGGCGGGGGUGGGGGCGGGGGUGGGGGUAGGGGAGGGGGAUGCAGCGGAAGGGAGGGAGGGCAGAGCUGAGCAAAAUAAAGUGGGGGUUGAGGGCGAGGAGGGAGACGGAAGGAGGGAGGAGACGGUGGAGCGAGAGUCACGAGGCGUUGACUGGGACAAGCUAGCGGCGCAUCUGAACAAGCAGCACCGGCUGGCAAAGAUGGCGUCAAAGAGAAGCUCCGAGCUCUGCCUGCUGCUGCUGCUGCGGGAUCAGCCCUUGGUGGAGCGCGCUGUGGUGGUCUCCAUUCACAAUGGCUAUGUGACUCUCUUCGUGCCUCGCCUUGAUGUGCAAGGCCAGGUGCUCUUUCAGUCGCCCACCUGCCGUUACUGCAAGAAAACAGGUCACACCAUCGAUGAAUGCUUCAAAUUGAAGAAGAAGAAAGAGCUUGAAGAAUGCUCUAAACGGGAGAAAUCCGUCUUCCAACCCUCGGUGCAUGUCUCCACCAGCUCCUCUGCUGAAGCUACUCCGACCCCCACACCACCUCCUGCCCCAUCAACCCCUCAGUCCGUACCUGAUUCCCGGUACGUGGACAUUGCUGUCAGCACCAGCCACCACCCCAUCUUCUCCACAUGGACUCCUCUCGUCGCUGCUGUCUUCAUUCUCACCAUCCUCCUUCUCCUCCUCCUCUUCCCUUAUGGGGCUCCCUACGCAUCGGCAUUCACGGCCUCCUCAUUCAAUAUGGAGCGGACUUCGUCGUGGCUGGUGGACAGCGGCGCAUCCUCCCAUAUCUGCUCGGAUCGUUCGCUGUUUUCGUCUCUCAAGAAGCCCAACGAAGAGAUCCUUGUUCGUUUUGGUGGAGGAGAGACUUACAAGGUCUUGGGAGUCGGCACGGUGGUGGCUACUCUUCGGUCACCAACAUCGGAAACCACCAUUCAGCUUGACAACGUUCUAUUUCUCCCUUCAUCAGUUCACAACCUGCUCUCUGUUCGUGCGCUUGGUGCUGCCGGCGUUGCCGUCUCGUUCCCCGCUGCUGGGCGCGUUGCUCUCACAUCUGAUGACGUUCCUAUUGGCGAGGGCUACACCCGCAACAAUCUGUUUUAUCUUCAACUGCAUCAUGGGAGCAGUGCUGCUCCUUCUAUCAAGCCAACUGCAUGUCCAGCCUCCACCACCACCUCCUCGUACCUCUGGCAUCGUCGUUUCGGGCAUCUCAACAUGCAGGCCUUGUCAACACUUCAUCGGCAGCAGCUGGUCACCGGUCUUCACCUCUCCUCCACCUCGAUUCCCCCCUGCAUCUCGUGCUAUCGUGGGAAACAAACACGUCAGCCAUUUGGCGUGUCCCAUUCUCGCACCACAGCCCCACUCCAACUCAUUCACUCAGAUAUUGCUGGACCGCUUUCAUAUGGAACUACCAUUGGCGGCGCUCGCUACCUUCUCACCUUCAUCGACGACUAUUCCCGCCACAUUACAGUGUAUCUCCUACGCCACCGGUCGGAGGCACUUUCAUGCUUCAAGGCUUACGUCACUCGGCUCAACGACCGAAGCACGGCCGGCAUCAUGGUUGGAUAUGGUCAGCUCGACGGCACCAAAGCUUACCGCAUCUAUAUCCCAUCUCAGCACCGUGUCAUCCUUUCUCGUGAUGUCAUCUUCAUGGAGCCCUCUGCACCGCCUUCCGACGACUCUCGCGACCCUCCAUCGUCAUCUCCACCCACAUCCUCCUCACUACCUCCUCCUACACACCCUUCUUCCUUGGACCCAAUCUCCCCUCCCUCUCCUUCCCCCACCAUACCUUCCUCCACCAACCCCCACCCACAAUCCCCAAACCUGCCCGCACCAGCCGCAUCUUCUCCUCCUCCAUUGUUUUCCAACCUUCCUCUGCCCUCGACGCCGCAAGACUUUCACCUUCCAUCCUUCUCUCCUCCCUCUUCGCCUCCCCCUCCCCAUUGCACGACUCGCUCCUCCCCGCCAUCCCCUUCAGCUCUUCCCGAUCCUUCCCUUUUCUCCUCCCUCAAGGUCUUACCAUCCCCUUCCGAACCCAUUGACUUCACUCUUCCUCCUCUUUCCAACACCUCUGCCAAUGCUGCCCUUCACCAUCAUUACGAACCUCAAACCAUUCAUGAGGCUCGUACCGGCCCUGAUGCUGCCGAAUGGAUCAAGGCUGCUGAUGCGGAACUCGCUGCCCUGCACGCUAAUGACACCUACAGCAUUGUUCCUCGACCACCCAAGUGCAAGCCGAUUCCAUGCAAAUGGAUUUUCAAGGUCAAGGAGAACGCUGAUGUGCUGCCUCGCAAGCACACUGACUGGGAGGCAGAGCAGGCGGAGCAGCAGCAGUUUCGCCACCGCCUGCGAGUGAGAGUGGAGACCAGCGAUGGCCGGCGCGUGGCGCGGGAGAAUCUGGGGGUUACUGCUGCUGCUGGUGGUGGUGGUGAUGGGGAUGGGGAUGGGGAUGAGGAGGUGGAGAAGGAGGGGGAGGAGGGGGAGGAGGGGGAGGAGGAGGGUCGUGAGGGGCAGAGCGGCAUGGAUGUGGACGCUCCUGCGUGUGUGAAGAUUGUGGAUUUCCAGCAGGGUUUUUCUGUUGUUGAGUACUGGCUCUUCCAGACCCUCUGGGUCCAGCUGUCAGCCUCAGGCUCCAUCGCUCGUUUCCCCACCCUCAAGAUGGAGAUACUAGCAGAUGCACACCCCUCAGCCGUCACAGCGAAUCUCAAGAGCCAGUCAGAGGCUGCCAGCUCAGCUCCGCGAGGGUUGAUGGGCGACGAGGAGGGGGGGAGUGGAGAGGGAGCAGAGGAUCCCACCGUUUCUCACUCUCACUUCGGGCCCUGGAGGGACGAGGAGGAGGAGGAGAGUGAGGAGGGGGGAGAGGGAGGGGAGGGAGGGAAUGGGGAGAACAGGCAGAGGAGGGAGAAGGUGGAAAAGGGGCUCCUGGGAGCUGGAGAUCAAGGGAACUUGACGCAAGGGUCAGUGUUUUCAGGAAAGAGGCUUGCAGAGGAGGGGUUUCCUGUAGAUGUGGAUUUUGAGGCCGAUGCUGCUGCCGCUGCCACUGCCGCUGCUGUGGCUGCCGCUGUGGUGGCCGGGGAGGGGGAGGAGGAGGAGGAGGCUGAGGUGGAAGAAAGAGGGGCAGGAGGGAUAUGCAGGGGAGACGAGUGGGCGGGACAGAAGGGAGGAACGAAGGGGGGACUAAGAGGGAAGGGUGGGAGGAAGGGUAUGGCAAGUACAGUUGAGGAGGGAGAGGAGGUUGUUGGGAGUGCGGAUGGGGGUAGAGGAGUGAGUGGGCGGCGGGUGAUUGGGAGGCUUGCUGUUGUGGAAGCUAGCAGUGCCAGCAUCACUGCUGAUGAGGGUGGUAGCAGCAAGAACACAGCUAGCAGUGGUGGCAGCACCGACAGGAUCGCAGCCAGCAGCGGUGCUGCUGGUGCUGGUGCUGCUGGUGCUGCUGGUGCUGCGGGUCAGAUGGAUGCGUUUCGUGGGCGGUGCGGCGUGCACGAUCUCAUGGAGGCCAUGCGUGCGCUGCACAUGGCAGGAGCUCCUCUCCGCCAUAUCAUCACACCUGAAGCUGACCAGUUUCCACAACUCUCUCACUCAGUCGCCUGGUGCUCACUCAAUCACUUUCUCGCCAAGCCAUUUCCUCUUGCUUAUACGAUGGGUUCGCUCGGCACUGCCGCUGAAUUCGUCCUUCCCACGGAGCAAGUGCAACUGAUCAAAGACAGCUUCAAGGCGAAGCUCCAGCCUGAUGUGCCGUAUCACGCAAUGUCGCUCUUCAUCAAUUUGUUCGAGAUAGUGCCGGAAGCGAAGGCCCUCAUAUCCAUGACCAAGGACUACACGGGCCCCAUGAGAGACAACAAGGCGCUUCAGGAACACGCCACCACUGUUCUGAAGAAGGUGGUCAACAUUGCUACGAAUCUGGACAAUGAGAAGCAGGUGGAGAUGUACAGGAAGAGCCUCGCAACGCUAGGCCAGAGACACAUUGGAUAUGGGGUCAAGCUCAAGCAUGCUGCGAAACUGAGGGAUGCCUUCGUGAUUACCAUGGCUGACGCCAUGGGUGAUACGUGGAGUGGUGACGUGAAAGCAGCAUGGAUCGCUGCCUAUGAUGUGAUUGAGGAGAUGUUUGUUGUAGGAUUAGUUGGGGCGGCUGCUCUGAAGCAGAGUUAG